AGAUCGAGUAUUACAACAACAUUUUGAAAGUGGAUAAAUAUUGUUUUGUUGACGAAUCAGUUAUUCACCAUGCAUGUAUGCAACGUGUUUAAACAUUCAACGGCACCUUUUUUAUUUUUUAUUUUUUUUUUAUAAUUCUUCUUAAACUAUUAUUGCAUCAUUUUACUUUAGAUUCAUAACUCAAAACAAAGCCAUAACUCUUUAGGUUGCUUAAACUAUAAUUGAAGAUCAACAAUUAAAGUGGAUAAUUAUUGAGUAAUUGGAUAAAAAACAAAAUGGCGACUAAGAAAUUCUCCUUUUUCUUUGUGGUUCUAUUUCAUGCUUAUCUUUUGCUUUUUGUCCCGGUUCAUUGUGAUGAUGAAGAAGAAGAUAAUCUUCUCCAAGGUCUAAACAGCUACAGAAACUCCUUACAACUCCCAGCCUUAACCAAAAACAAGCAAGCGGGAUGCCUGGCCGAUGAGAUAGCCGAUGAGAUGAAAGAUCAUCCUUGUGUUGCGACCGUACCAGCCAAUGCUGUACCAGGAGGCACCGGAACCCAGUUCCUCAACUACCCGAAGCUGCUCAAGAAAUGUAAAAUCAAUCCAAACACAACUGCAAAUGGCAUCAUCUUACCAGUUUGCGUCUCAAAACUCGUUCCAACCCUUGUCCUUACCAACUAUACUCGGACUGGCUUUGCUCAGUACAUCAAUGAUACAAAGUUCACUGGAGCGGGAGUUGGGUCAGAGGACGAUUGGAUGGUGGUAGUGUUGUCAACAAGUAGCCCGGGAGGGAGCUUUGCUUCUAAUGCCGUUGAUGAGGUUUACGGGUUGUUUAACUAUUUCUUGCCUAUUUUGGCUGGUCUCUUUUUAGUUUAGUAUGUAGCUAAGCUAGUUCGUGUCGAUUGCAUGUAUGAAGGACAUGGUCUUUGUAGAAGACAUUGUAGUUUGCUUUGUAUUAGGGUCAUCGAUCAAUACAUUAUAUUGUCAUUAGGUGAGGAUUGUUGUAUGAUUUUCGAAGUAGGGCUCGCUAUGAGGCUAUGAGAUGGAAUUAAGUUGAACCAAAAUUGUUGUAUGUUUUUUGAUGUGCACAUCCUUAUUGCAACCA